UUUUUGAAACCCUCAUCCAACGAUUGCACACUUGGCUCACUUGGCACAGAGAAAUUAGCCGAAUUCUGCAACCUCAGUUGCAACCCCUCCUCAGAGCAGCAGCAGUUCUUGGGUGGAGCUGCAGCCUGCGCUUGUUCUCUGACAGACAGCAGCAUCCAUGAUCUAAAAGACCCUCCCUGCCAAACAUGAAUAACUCUACGCUUGGGCAGCCAGGCCCAUCGCAGGAGGACAGGCUGAUUUGUUUGUUAGAAACAGAUGACAGUGUCCAGGAGGACAAACCUGCAGUGGAUAAGCAGAGAGAAAGAAGAGAGGCAGGUGGAAAGAAAGAAGAACUACCACCACUGGAGACUCCCUUUGAGAAGGAAAGCAAGGAUUUUGCUCCUCAAAUCAAGUUAAAUUUGAAUUAUCGAGGACAACUAGCCAGCAAUAGCCAAAAGGACACAAACCGCUUUGACAGGGACCGGCUUUUCGAUGCAGUCUCAAAGGGCAACCCAGAGGAGCUGGAUGGCUUGUUCAGUUACUUGAAGUCAACCUCCAAAUUCCUAACUAAUUCAGAAUAUACAGAUGCAAAGACAGGGAAGACCUGCUUGAUGAAAGCCCUGCUGAAUUUAAAACAUGGGAAGAAUGACACUAUCCCAGUUUUACUGAAAAUAGAUGAGGACAGAGGAUGCAGACCGCCUCAAAAGAUGCUCAUCAAUGCUGCAUGUACGGAUAAUUAUUAUAAAGGGCAGACAGCACUCCACAUUGCCAUAGAGAAGAGGCAACUGGAACUAGUGAAGCUCCUGGUAGAGAAGGGAGCUGAUGUCCAUGCCAGGGCCCAUGGCACGUUCUUCCAGAAGAAAAAGGGAAUUUGCUUUUAUUUCGGUGAACUUCCCCUCUCCUUGGCUGCUUGCACCAACCAGCUCAACGUAGUCCAGUAUCUCCUGGAGAACCCCCACAACAGAGCCAGUCUCCAGGAAAAGGAUUCUCUGGGCAACACAGUUCUCCAUGCCUUGGUGAUGAUAGCAGAUGACACCCAGGAGAACACAGAGUUUGUGAGCAAGAUGUAUGAUGAGAUCUUAAGGGCAGGUGUGAAGAUUGUCCCAACACAGAAGCUGGAAGAGGCAGUGAAUUGUGAUGGGUUAACACCACUGCAGCUGGCUGCCAAGGGUGGCAAAGUAGAGAUCUUCAAACACAUUCUUCAAAGAGAAAUUAAGGAGCCGGAGUACCAGCACCUGUCACGCAAGUUCACUGAAUGGACCUACGGCCCCAUCCAGGUGUCUCUUUAUGACCUGUCCUCAAUUGAUAACUGUAAGAAUUCGGUGCUGGAGAUCCUGGCCUACAGCAGCGACACACCGAAUCGAUACAAAAUGGUGGUUUUGGAACCACUGAACAGACUGAUUCAGCACAAAUGGGACACUUUUGCUGCCAGGAGAUUUUACUUGAGUUUUUUUUCUUAUUUGACGUUCAUGGUCAUCUUCUCAGUCUUUGCCUACCAUUGUCCCCUGCAGGCGCAGCCUCUGUUCCCAAAGGAGUUCAAUGCUGAAGGCUUCCUGUGGCUCACUGGACUGAUCAUUAUGUUUCUGGGAGGCAUUUACUUCUCAAUUGCUCAGAGUCGGUACUUGUGGAGGAGGCAAUUCUCUCUGAGGACCAUCUUCUCUGAUGAUUGCAUUGAGAUCUUGCUCUUGCUUCAAGGACUCUUGCUGCUGCUUUCAUUAGUUCUAUACUUGAUGAGUUUGGAGUACUACACCCCAUUGAUGGUUUCCUCUUUGCUGCUGGGAUGGGUGAACAUGCUGUACUACACUCGGGGCUUCCAGUGCACUGGGAUGUACAGUGUCAUGAUACAGAAGACCAUCCUGAGGGAUCUGCUGCGCUUCCUCCUGGUGUACGGGCUCUUCCUCUUUGGCUUUGUGGCAGCUCUAGUCACUCUCACGGGGGAGCCCCCGCCAACUGCCCAGAACAAAUCUGUUACCCAGGCGGAGGAGGACAGAGGCCGCUUUGUGUACGGCAGGCUGUUUACCACCUCCCUGGAGCUCUUCAAGUUCACCAUUGGCAUGGGGGACCUGGAGUUCCAGGAGCAAGUGAAAUUCAAAUACUUUGUCAUGCUGCUGCUGCUGUUGUAUAUAAUCCUGACCUACAUCCUCUUGCUCAACAUGUUGAUUGCGCUCAUGAAUGAGACUGUCACCAAUGUCUCUGGUUAUAGCAGAAGCAUCUGGAAGCUGCAGAGAACUACUGCCAUUCUGGAAGUAGAAAAGCACUUUUUGUGGUCCUGGGGAAGGAAGGCGAGAUCUGGCUGCUUUGUGUCUGUGGGCCUUAAUAAGGAAGAUGAGCGAUGGUGUUUCAGAGUGGAGGAGCUUAAAUGGACUAAUUGGAACAAGGAGCUGGGAGUCCUCAAGGAAGAUCCUGAGAACUCCAGGAGCUUGGAAAGAAGCCCUGUGGAAGAGAGACUGUGGAGCUGGAUGCUACGGGCAAGAUCCAGAUCAUCUGCUCGGGAGAACCAGUUUCUAUUACAACCUAUCGAUCCAUGACUGAGAUGAUGCCCCUGGAAGGACCAGUCAGGAGGCUGUAACCGGGUUUGGGGUUACAACGUGCCCCAUAUCUACAACAGAAUUAUUUCUUGCUAUAGGGCCGCUAAUAGCCAGAUGGAGGAACCUGAAGAACGAUCAGUAUUAAUAUGCAUCUCAAAAACUGUGGUGCAGCUUGUGGCUUUGAAAUAUUUUGAUGCAAAUGAAGUAUUUCCUCUGAAAAAGACAUUUCUGCCUAGAAUUUUCGUGGCACAGUGCUUUAAAAAGUCACGUGCGUGCGUGCGUGCGUGUGUGUGUGGGUGUGGGACAGUGAGAUUUGGGCUGUGCAUCUUAGAGCCCAGGCGGCUUUGUGAUUUGAAAUGUCUGCUGAGAGGUACAGAUUAAAAUAUCAGUUGGGCCAAAUCAUCCCAUGAUGCUUUUGAGGCAGAUGAUUCUGUCUGUGUGCUGUUUGCCGUCUGUAGAUCUUACAGACGAGACCUUUCUAACCACAGGCUGGCUUUUGAUGCCACAGGACCUUUCGUGAGAGGAGGUGUUUGCCCAUGGUUUGUGGCCAAAAAUGAUUUUCCUCUCAGUGUUACCCAGCGUGCAGCACGUACUUGGUUUCCACCCUUCCGCCCCAGGGGUGGUUGCAUUGCAGCUGGUCUAUGCCUGAACUGCUUUGGGAUGAAAGGUGUGAUGGAGGAAUAAAAUAUGGUUUGAGUUUC